AUAAUUCCCUUAAAAAAAGAAAAAAAAAAUAGAAUAACCUAAAUACACAGAACCUAAUAAUAUGCAUGUGGUUCCACAAAUGAUAAAUACUCACCGACGCGCUUAUUUUUCUGUUCUCUAUAUCUAGCUAUAGCUUGGAAUAACCAUUCAUACCUUACAUAAUAACAAAAUUUUAAUAGUUAUUUCAACCUCCAAACCCAUAAUUAACCAAACCCCAAUAAUAAAAAAAUUAAAAUAAAAAAAAAACCCAACACGUAUUAUUGCAAAUCGAACCAUUCUUUCAAUUCUAUCUCCACAAUACCACAUAUCCCAAUCCCAAUCCCAAUCCCAAUCCCAAUCCCAAUCCCUGGCCUCCUCCAAAUAUAGUUAUCACUAAUAAUCUUCCGAGAAAAUGCGUGCACGUAAAAUUGAUCAACUCAAUCAACUCAGGGCCAUAUUCACAAGGUUUGACAUGGACGCCGACGGCAGCCUAACCAUCCUCGAGCUUGCCGCUCUGCUCCGAUCCCUCGGUCUAAAGCCCUCCGGCGAUCAAAUACACACGCUUCUCUCCAAUGUGGACUCCAACGGAAAUGGAGCCAUUGAGUUUGAGGAGUUGGUCAGCGCUAUAAUGCCCGAUGAUGAUCAUCUCAGCGACGAGAUUUUGGUCAACCAGGACCAACUCAUGGAGGUUUUUCGGUCGUUUGAUCGAGACGGUAACGGAUACAUAACGGCGGCUGAACUGGCUGGGGCCAUGGCUAAGAUGGGCCAGCCGUUGACGUACAAGGAGUUAACGGAGAUGAUUAGAGAGGCUGAUGUGGACGGUGACGGCGUUAUUAGCUUCAAUGAGUUUGCCACCGUUAUGGCCAGGUCGGCCUCGGAUUUUCUAGGAAUAGCGAAUUUCUCAUGACUUUAGUGAUAAUUAUAAUCAUAACGGGGUAACGUAAUCAACGUUUCUGGAAGUCUGUCAAAUUAAUUUAUAUUUCUUUUUUGAAGGAAAUUAAUGUAUAUUUAGUACUAGAUUUUGUUGUGAAUUGAAAUGACACCGUUAGUGGUUAUUCACUAUUGCAAAGCUUAACCCAAUGAAGCAAUGACACUGUACAAAAAAGUCUUUCUUAAUCGUAGUACUAGAUUUUGUUGUGAAUUGAAA